AUCUUUCAAAGCAAGUAAGAUUAUUGAUUGAUAUAAUCAUUAAGAUUAUUGUUGAUUUUUUUUUUCAAAGAAGAAAAAAAAGUGGGCGGCAUGUCCUGGCCAAACAUGUCUGGUGGCGAAGAUGCAGCAGAGAAGCUCUGGCGAUUGCCCGUAAAGUGACUGUGCUUCGUUGGCGCGAUCCCCUCUCCUCUCCUACCUCGCACCUUCUCACCUUCUUUGCUUGGCAUCUUCAGCUCACCUCUCUAUCUUUCUCGUCAUGGGCAUCGUAGGUGCAUCAAAUGACAGCGAUGCAGAUAUAUUACUGCGAAUUGGGUUUUCAGGAUAAGAUUCUGUUAUUGCCCAAUUGUUGCAGUUAAUAAGUUUGCCAAGGCAUUGUUGUGAGUAUCAAUUUCUGGGUUUUUAUCAGUUUGCUUAGCUGGGACCAUCUGUAAAUCAUGCCAGCUAUACAGAAGUUAUAUAAUGCAUGCAAAGUAUCAUUUUCUCCCAAUGGACCAGUCUCAGAAGAAGCUCUUGAAAAAGUUCGUGCUAUGUUAGACAAAAUCAAGCCAUCUGAUGUAGGUCUCGAACAGGAGGCACAAGUGGUACGUGGGUGGACAAGUUCUUCAAAUGGGCGUAAUGGGAGUCAUAGGUCAUUGCCACCAAUCAAAUACUUGCAUUUACAUGAGUGUGACAGCUUCUCUAUGGGGAUAUUCUGCAUGCCGCCUUCCUCUAUCAUACCUCUUCAUGAUCAUCCUGGAAUGACUGUGUUGAGCAAGCUUCUAUAUGGUUCAUUAUAUGUGAAAUCUUAUGAUUGGCUUGAUUUGCCCAGGCCUUCUAAUCCAUUACAAGCAAGACCUGCACAGGUCGUUAAAGAUGCUGAGAUGUCUGCUCCUUGUGGGACCACUACUCUUUUUCCAGCCAAUGGAGGCAAUAUCCAUAGUUUCAUAGCCCGAACUCCCUGUGCUAUCUUUGAUAUCUUGUCUCCCCCUUAUUCUUCUGAGGAUGGGCGUCACUGCACUUAUUUUCGAAAGUCUCCAAAAAAGAAUAUACCAGGUGAUUUUCAGGUGAAUGGGGUUACGGUGUCUGAUGUGACUUGGUUAGAAGAGUUUCAACCCCCUGACAACUUCGUGAUUCGAAGGGGGCUUUACAAAGGUCCUGUUAUCAAACCUUGAGAAACCUUGAGAAAUUUUGGGUGUCGGUGUACCAUACAUUUUAAUUGAAGGGUUCUUGGCACUAGGAGUGGUUAAGGAAAAUUCUCGUAGAUGAGGUUUGUCAAUAGUCAUAGAAAUAGUUACUUACGUUGGUUAUUUGAGUCGGGCAUAUUGCUUGUAUAUAUUUAUAUACCAUACCAAUAUAGUUUUUUUGAUUACUGACCUCACUUUCACUCACCAAAAACUGCCCAAAAAAUUAGAACUCAAUCUCUAGUAAUCUUCAUCAGCCUAUGAUUUGUAUGUUGGGUGACAAUUAACAUUUGACAUUUUGUACUUAUUUGGCAGCUUUGACUGCAUUUCUUUUAAUCUGAAUGGCACAUGAGCUUGGGCAA